CCUCCUCCUCCUCCUCUUCCAGCCAGAGAGCAGCCCAGCAGCAACGCACCUCUGCUCCCCCCCAGCGGCAGCCAGCCGCCUGCUGCCAGCCAGCCAGCCAGCCAGCCCAGCUGGAGGAGGGGGCGGUGGCUGCCGGCAGCAGCAGCAGCAGCAGCAGCGAGCCAAGAGGGAGCAUUGCGGACAAUGCCCGGGUGGCUGCCACACUCCUCCUCGCCUUUUCCCAAGGAGCAGCAGCAGCAGCCACCACCGCUGCCGUCGCGCACACAGGAGCUGCCGCAAUGACAGCCGGUGCAGCAGCCGGGCAGUGGCCACCGGCGUGAGAGGUGGGGGGCCGUGGGCAUCAUUGCAAGAUGAACGCCUCCCUGGAUGGCAGCAGCCCUUCCGGCAACGGGAGCGGCGGUGGCGGUGACAGCGGUGGGAGGCCCUUCUGCCUGCUGGCGUCCGGCUACCCCGACAGCCUGGAUGUCUGCCUGCUGGAGGUGAUCAUCAUCGUCUUCCUCACCGUCCUCAUCAUCUCGGGCAACCUGGUGGUCAUCUUUGUCUUCCACUGCGCCCCGCUGCUGAACCACCACACCACCAGCUACUUCAUCCAGACCAUGGCCUACGCCGACCUGCUGGUGGGGGUGAGCUGCCUGGUUCCCUCCCUCUCUCUGCUCCACCACCCGGUGGCCUUCCUGCCGGAGUCCCUGGUCUGCAAAGUCUUCGGCUACGUGGUCUCGGUGCUGAAGAGCGUCUCCAUGACCUCGCUGGCCUGCAUCAGCCUGGACCGCUACAUCGCCAUCACCAAGCCCCUCACCUACAGCACGCUGGUCACCCCUUGCCGCCUGCGCACCUGCAUCCUGCUGCUCUGGCUUUACUCGGGCGCCGUCUUCCUGCCCGCUUUCUUCGAGUGGGGGAAACCCGGCUACCACGGGGACAUCUUCCAGUGGUGCGCCGACUUCUGGGACACCCGGGCCGUCUUCACCCUCUUCAUCGUGGUCAUGCUGUACGCGCCGGCCGCCUUGGUCGUCUGCUUCACCUACUUCAGCAUCUUCCGCAUCUGCCAGCAGCACACGCGGGAGAUCAACGAGAGGCGAGUGCGCUUCAGCUCCCAGGAAGGGGAGGCAUCCGAGGGGCAGCCGUGCCCCGACAAGCGCUACGCCAUGGUCCUCCUGCGCAUCACCAGCGUCUUCUACAUCCUCUGGCUCCCUUACAUCGUCUACUUCCUCCUGGAGAGCUCCUCGGUUUAUCACAACCGCCUGGCCGCCUUCUUAACCACCUGGCUGGCCAUCAGCAAUAGCUUCUGCAACUGUAUCAUCUACAGCUUGUCCAACAGUGUCUUUCAGAAAGGGUUGAAGCACCUCUCGGGCGCCCUUUGCAUUCCUUGCGCCCGGCACCGGGCCGCCAAGGACUCCUCCGCCUCCCGCAGCAAAAGACCUUCUAACGGGUGUCACGCCUGAUGGGGGCUUUCUUUCUUUUUUUUUUUUCCCCCCCUCCCCUUCCCUUCGUCCCCGAACUCAGGACGUCCAGAUGUGCAAAAAGAAAGACGCUACUGAUCUCAAAAAGGACCUGAGGAUUUCCACGGGGCUGUGCGCCGGGUUUCUGGGUUCGAGUCCCCGGUGGGAAGCAGGAAACAGGAACGUGUCCAUUUUGACCGGGAGCGCAGGGAGGGGGGGGGGGGGAAGGAGAGGGAGGGAAGGGUCUUUCCCUUGGAGUGACUCAAUGGAUGGUCUCCAAUGCCAGCUAAAAGGCCCUCCAGCUGUUUCUCGCCUCUGUGGCCUGCUGUUUGGAGAUCUGUGCUCUUUCGUCUCAAGUCCAGGAGUGUGGUUUAAAUAGUGUAUUCUUUUUGACUUGUUUUGUGCAUAUGCCAAAGUAUGUUUCAAAAAAAAAAUCUUAUGGGUCCAAAUAACGAUUUGUCCCCCCCCCCCCCCCCCCCC